GAACGAGUUUUGUUGCCGGCGAAACGUUGAAUUUAUUAGAGCUUAAUUUGUAAUAUAAUUGCACAAUCAUGGCCCAAGCGCAACCAACAAAUGACACACACAUGCCCGAUGAGGAGAGCGAUCUGCUGCAAAUCAAACCGCUUGGAGCUGGUCAGGAAGUGGGACGCUCCUGCAUUAUGCUGGAAUUCAAGGGCAAAAAGAUAAUGCUGGACUGUGGCAUACAUCCGGGUUUGUCUGGCAUGGAUGCGCUGCCCUAUGUGGACCUGAUUGAGGCGGACGAAAUUGAUUUGCUGUUCAUAUCACAUUUUCAUCUGGAUCACUGUGGUGCUCUUCCCUGGUUCUUGAUGAAGACCAGCUUUCGGGGACGUUGUUUUAUGACGCACGCCACGAAAGCCAUUUAUCGCUGGAUGCUCUCAGAUUACAUAAAAAUCAGCAAUAUAUCCACCGAUCAAAUGCUAUACACAGAAGCCGAUCUGGAGGCGUCCAUGGAGAAGAUUGAGACGAUAAAUUUUCAUGAGGAACGCGAUGUGAUGGGCGUGCGUUUCUGCGCCUACAAUGCCGGUCAUGUGCUGGGCGCAGCGAUGUUUAUGAUCGAAAUUGCUGGCAUCAAGAUUCUAUAUACAGGCGACUUUUCGCGCCAGGAGGAUCGCCAUUUGAUGGCCGCAGAGGUGCCGCCAAAGAAACCGGAUGUUCUAAUAACCGAGUCCACAUACGGCACACACAUCCACGAGAAGCGCGAAGAUCGCGAGAGUCGUUUCACAACGCUAGUGCAAAAGAUUGUCCAGCAAGGGGGUCGCUGCCUGAUUCCGGUCUUUGCCUUGGGUCGCGCCCAGGAGCUGCUGUUGAUAUUGGAUGAGUACUGGUCCCAGAAUCCUGAUCUGCACGAGAUACCCAUCUAUUAUGCCUCCUCGCUGGCCAAGAAGUGCAUGGCCGUCUAUCAAACGUACAUCAAUGCGAUGAACGAUCGCAUCCGUCGCCAAAUUGCCGUUAACAAUCCGUUUGUCUUUCGUCACAUUUCCAAUCUGAAGGGCAUCGAUCAUUUUGACGAUAUUGGGCCGUGUGUGAUCAUGGCUUCGCCCGGUAUGAUGCAAUCGGGCCUGUCGCGCGAACUCUUCGAAAGCUGGUGCACAGAUCCGAAGAAUGGUGUCAUUAUCGCCGGCUACUGUGUGGAGGGCACACUGGCCAAGACAAUACUCUCCGAGCCGGAGGAGAUCAUUACCCUCUCCGGGCAAAAGCUGCCGCUGAACAUGUCCGUCGACUAUAUAUCCUUCUCGGCGCAUACGGACUACCAGCAGACCAGCGAAUUUAUCCGUCUGCUGCGACCCAAUCACGUCGUCCUCGUCCACGGCGAACAGAAUGAGAUGUCCCGCCUGAAACUGGCGCUGCAGCGUGAAUAUGAAGCGGAUGCCAGCACAGACAUAAAGUUCUAUAAUCCACGCAAUACGCACGCCGUCGAUCUCUAUUUCCGCGGCGAGAAGACAGCCAAGGUGAUGGGUCAUCUGGCGGCCAAGAAGCCAGAAGUGGGCAGCAAACUGUCCGGAGUGCUGGUCAAGCGCGAUUUCAAAUACCAUUUGCUUGCACCCUCGGAUCUGGGCAAAUACACGGACAUGAGUAUGUCAGUGGUGACGCAGCGCCAAUCGAUUCCGUGGUCCAGUUCACUGACGACACUGCAACUGCUGUUGGAUCGCAUCGGCGCUGGCUGCGUGGAGAUCGUUGAGCCGGAGCGCAAGUUGCGCGUCUUCAACUGCGUCGAACUGACUGUGGAGCAGAAGAUCAUUGUGAUGGAAUGGCAUGCGACGCAUGUGAAUGACGUCUAUGCGGAUGCCGUGCUCGCCUGCCUCAUGCAGUCCGAGCUGGGUGGCACAAACAUCAAGGGCGCCACCAAGCAGACCAAAUCGGAGGAGUCCCGCUUCCGCGAGUGCCUCAUCGAGACGCUGCAGGACACCUUCGGGGACACCUGUGUGCCAAAAAUGUUCAAGGGCGAUGUGCUCCCAAUUACGGUCAGCGGCAAACAUGCCGAAAUCAAUCUGGAGACACUGACUGUUCACUGUGCCGAGGAUGAGGUGUUGCGCCAGAUGCUUAACACCACCUUGCAGAAGCUACAUCAAACACUGGUCUCCGCCUAUUAAUUCCAACCUGAAUGUGUGAAUCUUCUUUAUUAUUAACAUUCAAUUCCAAAUGGUGUACAAUUAAAAUUCAA